UGAUGAACCAGUUGAGUUGGUCGUUGUUGUUGCUCAUCCUUGAACUUCAUUUUUCCUCUGAUCUUGAAACACUUGAAAGAAUUCCCACUAUUUUCUGGGUAAAAGCUAUUAAUAACUUGAAACUAUGAACGUCGAGUACAGAUCGGAUCCGGACAAGGAUGAGCAUUCCAAUACGGCGCCCGUGAUGCCUCCUUACUCCACCUAUUGCCCGAUGGCAAAUGUUGGGGUCCAGGGACCUCUCCCAGAAUUUGGAGGCGGUUUUAAUCUUAAUACUCCGAUGCCUCCUGCACCAGCAUUUCAAAGUAUCGCAAGCCCUACCAACGGCCGCAAUCCGGCAUUUGUGAACAAUCGACCUAACCACAUCCUCAUGGUGUUCGUUCAUAAUGCCAUCUAUCCAAUUAACACGUCGAUAUUGCAUCGGGUUGUGGGCGGAUCAGCCCGACUCGUACGCGCGAUAAUCCUGAAAAAGAAACUUUUGGACACGGUUGAGGCUAUGAUGGAGUUUGAAUCCAUCUGCGAUGCAUCGCGGAUCAAAGAGCGGUUGGAUGGGGCUGCCAUUUACACUGGGUGUUGCUUGCUGGAAGUUCACUUUGCGUAUGAGAGGGUGUUCAAACUUAGAGUCCCGAAGAAUUGUGAAGACUCCUGGGACUUCACUGUGGAGGAGCCAGCCAGCCAGCGCAUUCGACCGGGAUUUAAACGGAAAUUGGAGGCCAGCGACUACGAGGAAAUAGUGGAUGGUGCCCGGGCCAAGAUUGAUCGGCCAGAGCGAUGCGUUCUUGCCGUGUUUGAGCUGAACAUGGACAUGAUGUCGCCUGAGAGAAUCUUCAACCUUUUCUGCGUGUACGGAGAUGUGCUACGAGUCCGUUUUACCAAAGCAAAAGGUGACAUGGCCUUAGUAGAAAUGAGCUCUGAAGCCCAAGCUAUGAAUGUGAUUGAACAUCUCGACCAUUCUUUCGUGUUCAGACGCGCACUUCGAAUCCGACUUUCUCAUCAACUUCUCGUGUUGGAGCCAUUGAGCUGCGAAAAGGCUAUCAUGGCAAAUGGGUUUCCGUGCUUCCAAGACUUCUCAAAUAGUUCGAAACAUCGUUUCUCCAGCCCUUCAAAGUCCAUGAAGAACAUGAUUGUACCCCCGUCGCGUCUACUUCAUGCGUUCAAUCUUCCUUUGGACUUUGACACGAAUCAAGAUCUCAUUGCCAUUUUUGCCUCCAGACGCGGCGUCCCCGAGCCAAAUAAAGCCAAAAUGAACUUCCCAAAAGAGCGAGCUCACGCCCGCUCAGGGUUUGUCGAGUUCAGAUCCACGGCUGCUGCUGUGGAAGCGCUGAUCCUCUGCAACCAUGCCGUCUUAGGAGAACGAACUUCAAAUAAUAACAAUAACAACAAUGUUCGCGUCUUGAAACUAUGUUUUUCUAUUAAAGAUCGCAUUGUCUAAAGUACGUACAAGAUUCCACACAAAGCUGCACGAGUAAUGCUCAUUAAGAAAUAAAUAAUUUGUUCGUUA